AUGUGCAGUAUUUCAGCCCGACUUGAUAUUCUGAAUCAGCAGCUGACUAGUAUCUCUAAAUUGCAAAAAAUGGAGGAAGAAUUUGACAUGUAUCCCCAUUCGAUGUGUAAAAAGUGUAAUAAGCAGAGUAAUUUUGGUAAAUUUUGUCACUGUGCUCACCAUGCUUUCUCCUUGAAAGAACAGUGUAACAGACUUAAUUAUAUUCAAGAAAGUAUUUCAUGUGAUAAUGCUAAAAGAAGAGUGCCAUGUAACGCAAGAACAUUUCAGACAGAUCUGAUGAAUGAUGAGCAAAGAUCAAUUGCUGUUAGUAAUGUGAGACAUAAUUUUAUUUUUCUGGUGCCUAUUGAGAUUUUAGAGAUUCAGAAUAAGUCUAAUCAAGUAAACAUCAAUUUUUUUCAGAGAAGUGCACAUUAUGUUAACAAUGGAAAGAUUGAUACAUAUGAAGAAAAGAGCAAACAAACUGUUCCUACAAAAGAAGAGAGUUUUCAUACAGUAUUGAGCAAAGAAAAAGUUCAGAUUGAAGAAGAUACGGAAGUUAUCCAGGAUUCUACUGAUUUAAAAGAUGCUGAUUACAAUAUAGAAAACGUUCCUAUUAAGGAUGAUAGAAUGUUUGAUAGAAUCCAAAAGGAUCUUUUAAAUGAAAGAAAGCGUACCAGAGAACUUGAAAAGAAAUUAAAAUCCUUGACCUGCAGUAUAAAUUGUUUGAAAGAAGAUAGUGAGCAAAAAGCAUUGUGUUUAAAGAGUGCAUUACAGACAGCAGAGGAACAAACGAAACUUGCUAUGGACUUGGUAAAGCAGUCAACAGCUCAGGCAGAUUUAGUCAAAACGGAUAAAGAUGAACUAUCAAGCCAAAUUUCAAAACUACAUAAACAGAUUGCCGAACUUACAAAUAAGAAUGCAGCUUUAACAGAAGAACGAGAUAACUUAAAACAAAAAUUAGAGUCGUUAUCGGAGGAUGAGACUAGAAGGUGUGCACAAGUGGAAACAGAAGUGAAUAGAAUCAAAUGUGCAGUGAAGGAGAAAGAGGAUGCCUUAAGUAAAGAAAGGGUAGAAUUCAAGAGUAUGAUUUUGGAGCUUACGAACGUGAUUAAGAUACAGAAACGGAGAAUAUACGAAGUUACAUGUGUAUGUAAUAAUCAGCAACGUAUACUGAAUGAGAAAGGUGAAGAGUUAUCACAAAAAAACACUGAAUUAUCGGAGAUACAAGGUAUGCUGCAGUCAAGUAACAGUGCAUGUAAAGAAAUGCAAGAGCAAAUAGAACAUCUGAAUGAGUCUUUGUCAGAACAAACAAGAACCUGUGAAUGUAUGAAGCAAGACUUGGAAGUUCUGAAAGAAAAUCAUUCUUCUGAAUUAAGGAUAAAGGAAAAGAUAGUGGAUGAGCAAAACAAAACUAUCACAAGACAUAGAAAGUUACUAUAUGAGAGUGAAAAAAUGGUCCAACAAGUUGCCAGUGAAUUCGAUCAACUUAAAGAAGAGUUGUGUCAAGAGAAGGAAAAGUGUAACUGUUUGCAACUAAAGUUAGAUAAGGCUAAUACCAGACUGAAUAAGGUACACCCACCAGAAUGCGAGAAAUGUAAGUCUCUAAGAUCCGAGAUAGAUUAUUUAAAGAAGGAAAAACAAAGAGCACUGGCAAUUGCAAAAUUUGCUUAUCAAAAAUUAAAUCAGUCUGUGAAAGAAUAUCAAAACCAGCUCACCCAUCAAAAGGAACAGCAAAGGUACAUGCAACUAAUUAUUGAAAGAAAAGAGCACGAGAUAGGAUCUUUAAAAAUUCAGAUGUAUCAAAAUAGUUCAAGAUCCAUUCAGAAGGUAAACAACUAUGUUAUGUGA